GAAACUCACCCCAAAAGACAGCGGCAAACACCUAGUUGUUCUGAAUGCAAUGUCGUCUUUCGGAUUUAGUGAACAUGAGUAACCAACCCCCAAUCGCCCCGACUUAACUCAAAGAGCUAUCGGUCCUCAGCUUUUGGGCCUUUCAAUAACAGAAUUGGGGUUCUCGACUAUUUUACAUGCUUGGUAAAGUUGUCGCUCGGCUUACUUUUGCCUUCAGAAAGCACAUACCAUCUCUGAUGAGUGUCUUGCAAAAACAUAUUCAAGCAAGCCACAUUGAGAGACGUCGUGUGAUUGUUUACAUCCUCAACGACAAUUCUUACUCCAACCAAAUACAGGCAUAAGGCUAGUCACCCCAUUAACAACCAGAACGAAGUGUCUCUCGGAUGAUUGCGAACAUUCUCCCGUCACAGCCGAGUAAGACUAUCCGCAUCCGGUCAUAUCACGAGAAGAUGAAGCAGUCAACAUUUUGAAUAUUAGGAAAGCAUGUGAAAGUCGCGAAGACCCUGUCUACCGUUGAGAAGAAGUUUUGCACACAGUCUGUCGUCGAUAGGAAUGCGUUGACUGUCCUUGCCCGUCUGGGGAAGCCGCUGCGGGCCGUAGAUACUUGCCGGCGCUUGACCUUAUAAGACGAAGCCAUCAUCCAGCAAACGGUCGGGAUUAUCAAGUGUACAUGUAAGUUAUCGGCUCUUCCUUCUCUGAGCGGCACUUAGAAGUCCUUAGUGCUCUUUGACGACAAGAGGCUACUGCUACGAACAACAUCGUGAUGGAGGGCACAGCGGAGCCCAACGGUUACGACCAUCAACAGACCAACGGUCUCAACGGCGAGUCCAACGGUCGAAUCGAGCCUGAUUACACAGAGUCCUUCGACACCCCCUAUCCGGCCAUGGAGCCCCGCGAGGGAUACCGCCAGGCCGGCGACACAUUCGACCCUGUGACUGGCGCAUACCCGCGUAUCUCCCGCCCCGUCGAGCUGAUUCGCCCGUCUUAUGACGUCGUUGUCAUCGGCUCCGGAUAUGGUGGCGCCGUCGCCGCCAGCCGCAUGGCACGUGGCAACAAGAAGGUUUGCUUGCUCGAGCGUGGCAAGGAGAAGUGGCCCGGCGAGUUCCCUUCCGAGAUCGUCCCGGCCGUGAAGGAACUUCACACGACCAACGCGGCGACGGAUGGUCUUCUCGGUGCUCUUGGAAAGUUGGGCACCGGCGGUGAUCCGACUGGCCUUUACCAUCUCAUUGUUGGUGAUGGUCAAAACGCCUUCGUCGGCAAUGGCUUGGGCGGCACGAGUUUGCUCAACGCCAACGUCUUCCUGGAAGCAGACGAAGGAGUUCUCAACCUGCCUAUCUGGCCGAAGGAGAUUGAUGCAGGGGAACUGAAGAAAUAUUACAAGCGUGCCGCCGGCGUCUUGGAGCCUAAGAAGUACCCAAAGGAUUUCCCUAAGCUACACAAGCUGGAGACCCUCGAGAAGCAGGCCAAGCUCAUGGGUUGGAGCGAGAAAUUCGACCGUGUACCCCAGACCACCCGCUUCGAGGAUGGCGAGAACAGCACUGGUGUCUACAUGCGAGCCUCUACGCUCAGUGGCCAAGACACUACCGGCCUCAACGACGGCAGCAAGUCCACAACACUGGUGAACUAUCUCAGUGACGCCUGGAACUGGGGUACGGAAAUGUUCUGCCAGUGUGAGGUCCGUUAUGUCACCAAGGCGAAGGACCGCGAGGGCUACAUCGUGCACUUUGCAUGGCACGGUGGAAAGCGCGCCAAUUUCAAGGAUCUCUUUUACGAGGAUCUGAUGUGGGUUCAUGCCAAGGAGCUGGUUUUCUUCGGCGCUGGCAGCAUUGGAACUACCGAGAUCUUGCUCCGCAGCAAGCAGUUUGGCUUGGACGUGAGCCCAGAUGUCGGACACGGCAUGAGUGGCAAUGGUGAUAUCCUCGCAUUCGGCUACAACACUAGCGAGUAUGUCAACGGCAUGGGACGCGAAGACCCUCCCCCGAAUCGUCCUGUCGGACCGUGUAUCACCGGUAUUAUCGACUGCCGGAAGGGCCUGGACAACCCUCUUGAUGGCUUUGUCGUUGAGGAGGGUGCUAUUCCUGCCGCCCUAGCGCCCUUCUACCAGGCAAUGCUCACAUAUUUGCCCGGCAGAGUGUUCCCCGAUAACAUCUCCAUCAAGGGUGCAGUCGGUCACGUAACUGCAGCCGUCGGCAGCCGCUUCUUCGGCCCCUACUUCCCCGAUGGAAGCACUGAGAAGACGCAGUGUUAUCUCAUCAUGUCCCACGAUAGUAGUCAAGCAACCAUGCAGCUUGAUAAGGACAGGCCCCUCAUCAACUUCUCUGGUGUUGGCAAGUCGCACAGAGCCAAGAAGUUGGCGGGAUACUUGGCUAAGCUUACUAACCUGAUCGGCGGAAUCUACGUCGACAGUCCAUUCUAUGCCGCAUUUGGUGAGAAGGAGAUCACUGUCCAUGCCAUUGGUGGUGCUCGUAUGAGCAACGACGGAACUGGCGCCAGCGGUGGCGUGAACCACAAAGGUCAACUGUUCAAGGGCACUGAAGGUGAAGUCCAUGAGGGAUUGGUCGUUUGCGAUGGAACCAUUGUUCCUGCGGCUCUCGGUGUCAAUCCUUUCGCGACAAUUACGGCCCUCGCAGAGAGAUCUGUCGAAAAAAUCGCGGAUGACUUCCAUAUUGAAGUUGAUCUUAAGACAAAGAACGGCUCCCUGAACCUGUUUGGCAAGCCGGCACACGAUCCCUUCAAGGACCAACACCCGCCUGUGGCCAGAGUGCAAGAAAUCAUCAACACAGCCAGAGAUGACAUGACUCCUGGCAUCGCCUUCACCGAGACCAUGGACGGAUGGAUCCACUUUGGAGAGGAUUCCAAGACAUUGGAUUUCCAAAGGGCUACCUUGACUGCCAAGAGCCGAGGCGAAUAUGCCCGCUUCUUCCUCAGCGCCAGAUCAUGGAACACCCACAACCUUGUUCACGACAAGGAGCACGAGGCCAACCUUACCGGCACCUUUACCUGCCCCACGCUUGGUGGUACAUCCAUGGUCCAAGGCGGCAAAUUCAACUUGUUCAACGAUGAUCCGAGAUCGCCUGAUACUACCAACCUGACUUACAACUUCCUGAUCUCACAAAAGGAUGGCAAGAAGUUGCAUUUCAACGGCUACAAGGUUGUUAACUCGGACGUUGUAUUCAACCCCCUUAAUCUCUGGAAGGCCACGACCACUCUCUACUGCACUAUUACUGAGGUUGAUGAGCAUGACCAACCCAUUCACGAAGAGGUUCGCGGUAAGGGCGUCAUCCAUAUCCGCCCCACGGCCUUCCUUCAAGAAUGCACAACCAUGGAAGCAACCGGAUCCAGCCUCUACGCCAAGGUUUCUUCAACCGCCAACUUCCUCGGAUACUUCACCGCCAAAGCAGCCGGAGCCUUCCUCACACCUUUUAUCCCUCAGAUCUGGCCCAGCCUGCCUUUCAACAGCUACCAGAACCCCACACCCUGGUCGGAGGAGAUCACAGUUGAGGCCAACGAUCGCGUCAAGACGAAGCUCUUCAUGUGGGAGCCGCAGACUAUUGGUGGCGACGCAAGCAGGGCGCCGAUUCUUUUGUUCAUCCCUGGUGCUGCUGUCGACCAGCAGAUCUUUGCUUUGCCUACAAUUGAGAAGAAUGCGGUGAACUACUUCCGGGCUAAGGGGUACCGCGUGUACUCCAUGGUACACCGCGUCGGCAAGACCAUUGUCGCUCAACAGAACUGGACCACAUACGACGCCCGCCGCGAUAUCCAGGCGGCUCUCAGGAGGAUUCGCAAGAGACAUGCUAUUAUUGACAGGCUGGACGGUAGCGGCCCCUCGUCACCGACAUACGUCGUAGCGCACUGCGCUGGAUCUAUCGCUCUUGCUUCAGGUCUGCUCGACGGAAGCAUUCCUCGUCAAUGGCUUAGCGGUGUAACCGCGUCCCAGGUGUUCAUGAACCCCAAGUUCCCCAAGGUCAACAACCUCAAGGCUAGCCUCCCCAUCUCCAUGGCCAACAUCUACAACCUCAUCCAGGGCAAGUGGUUUGACUGCACCAGCACACCUCGCGAUGGAUACAUCCAGCAGGCUAUCAACCAGUUGCUUCGCUUCUAUCCUGUCGGUCACCGCAAUGAAAUCUGUAACUCAGUUGUCUGCCAUCGCAGCUCUCUUGCUUUCGGCCGGCUCUGGUCGCACAAGGGACUCAACGAGGCCACUCACUCUCAAUUAGAGAACUUCGUUGGUGGUGCUUCAAUGGCAAAUCUGAACCACUUGAUGUACCAAGGCACCCACGAAGUCGUGACCGACUCGCAGAACGAGAGUCUCGUCACACCACAGAACAUCGCCCGCCUCAAGGGUCUGCCCAUUUUCCUCUUCUCUGGAUCCGAGAACGAGGUCUACGCGCCCGAGAACACCGACACAUCCUUCACCACCCUCACAGAAGCCAACGGCGGCGUCUGCUAUGAGAGGCAGGUGUUCCAGAACCGCGGCCACUUGGACGCCUGGAUGAGCCCUACCGCCCACAAGGAUAUCUUCCCGCGUGUUGAGCAGCACAUCCAGAAUGUCCUGAACGACAAGUAUUCGCGACUUGAAAAGUUUGCAUCAGGAAACCCACUGGGACUGAAGAAGUGAUGCAUAAUAGUACGAGAAUUUUCGAGGCCGUCAAGCUGGCAUUGAGAGGCAUAUUCGUGGUUUUGUUUGUUGAAGAACUCGCAAAUUCGCGAAAUGUUUCGUAAUUCGUUUCCCGAGUCCGGGCAAUUUUCUUUGUGAACCAAGAUAGUAAAAUGUACCAUACCUUAGGUACAAGAUGUAAUAACACGCUAAUACCACACUGCCCAGUGCACCAUAACCAGAACCGAGGGCACUCCGGCCCCGUCACUGCCUCUGUUGCUGCUCCGCGGAGUAGUUCAAGACGAAUUUCUAGAUGUGCGACUGUCACGUGUCAAAUCAGGCAUCUUCGGGAUUCCGAGCCGUAGUUUUGAAAUACCGGAACCGGAAUUGAAGAACGAAGUAAGCCUUUGAGCUGCCGUGGCAAGUCAUCUUCAGCCUGCAGCAGAUUGCGAAAGCUAAACAUACAUCAGAUAAGAUUGGUCAUCCCACACAGCCGUUUGCUCGUCCGUAGUCCCGAUGAACGUUCCAUGUGAGAAUGAGCGUUCCGUCUUACCUUUUUCGGUGUCACCUUGGCACCGAAACUUCUCAGCUCUCAUCGUAUUGUCAAACAUGAACUGCUGUUUCUUGUUUGUGGGGAAAUGCAGCCAAGAAGUCAAUGGUGCGGGCUUUGCUUAAUAUCUGCGUGUCGGCCCCAAAUUGUGAGUUGAGGUGAGGCAAGUGAAUAGAAGCUUCAGAGAUACGUAUCCAGUGGUUAAUUUGUUACAAUGUCUUCGGAAUCCGGUAACAAUACUCGCCUAGAACCCGGCCGGAGGUGAUCCGGGAAGCAUUAGCCUAGAGGCAGCGGAGCCGCGGAGUGGGGCCGUGCGUGGUCGGAGACGGGCAGAAAUCAGGCCGAUGGAUGGAGACCCGUAAACCCCGAGACCCCGAUGGCUGUGAGGAUGAAAGCGGUUUCAUACGUGGGAUGAAUGACGCAUUGGAUGUAGCUGAGAGCUGUGGUGGUGUGGCUUUCUGGUAGCUUUGUCCAUAGCUCAAGCUCGUACACACCG